AUGUUGGCCACGGCAGGGGAUGUCCCUAAUGCUGCCCAUACAACCAUCAAUAAUAUCACAAUGAGCUCUAAAAUUACACCUGCAAAUGCGAAAGUCAAUCACAUUGUCAAUCUCGAGGAAACAUUGAACUUCAUUGCUUGGAGAGACGAUAUGAGGAACAUCUUAAAGGACUGUGGAGUCUAUGGGCACAUAGAGGGAUCCGAAAAGAGAACUGCACGAUACCAUAUGUCACUGAAACCCACAGAACCUGCAGAUGACACUUUGGACGAUGUGAUUGCAGCCUAUCAAAAGUGGUGGAGCAAUGAUGACAGUGCUAAAACACUGAUAACUAGAAAGGUUUCAGCGCUCGUCAAAUCCAAUCUGAAUGCAGGAGAGGACGUCACUGCACAAAUGGUAUGGAAUCAGAUAAUGACCAGAUAUGCUCGGGUCAACAUCAACGCUCAAUUUGCCAUUAAAGAGAGGUUAGCAUCAAUCAAGCUCAAAGACUAUACAGAGAUUGAGAAGUACCUUGACAAAUUUCGUACCGGCAGGGAACGACUCAAAGACAUGUCUACCAUCAUCGGGAGUCUGGCCAAACUUCAAACAGCUGAUGAUUCAGCUCUAUUAGGAUACGCUGGAUCGAGACAAAACAGCAACAGAUGA